CGCGCACAUUAUAUCGUGCUGCAGCAGACAAUGUUGUGUCGUUGUGAGGUUACAUAUAAAAUUUUGUAAAUACUCGAAUCUUUAUUGUAAAUAAAGAAAUUUUUACACCAACACAAUGUCUACCAGAUGGUACCCACUAUAUCAGAAAGGUAACCCACAAUUAAGGAUUUUCCUGCCAAACUUCUGGUUAAAGCUUGUCAAGCCAGAGCAUUCACAACCGAAAAAUAUAGUAGUGUUUCAUUGCUCGAUGGAAAUGACAAGAUAUGACGUUAAAAAUUACUUGGAGAAAAUUUACAAAGUACCAGUAAUCAAAGUGAACACUAGGAUAGCAAUGGGUAAAUUUAAAAAGAAUGAACAAGGUACUAUUAUCAAAAAGGAUGAUAUUAAAUUUGCAUACGUAAGUUUGCCUAGGUAUGAAUCAUUUGAAUUUCCUAAUAUGUUUGAUAUAGAAGAACGUAAAAAAGAGAAAGAAAGAGAAGAGCAACAAUAUGAAGAGAUUAAAAAAUCUCAUAAAGAAAAAAUUGCUGAACAAAGGAAAACCAGACCUGGAAUACCAACAUGGUUUAAUUAUUAGAAUUUGUGUGUUAAAUAAAUUAAGUUUGAAUUUUCAUAAAUAA